AUAAAACGCGGCGGCGCGGCGGGCAGCUCAGAGCGUGCGGCGAGACGGAGCUCUCCUCUUCAUCCUCAUCCUCCUCCUCCUCAGCCUCUGCCGCCGCCCCGGCAGCCGUGCAGCGGAGCAGGGCUCACUCACCCCAGCACCGCUCCGCUCCGCGCCCGCCCAGCCAGACCCAUCGACGGACUCGCGGCUCCGUGGCGGCCAUGGAGCACCGCGGCGCCUCCCCGCUCCUCCUCGCCCUCGCCCUCCUCAGCGCCCUCUGCUGGCGGGCGCGGGCGCUGCCCCCGCGGGGCGCCGCCUUCCCUGCCGUGCCGCGAUUGGGAAACAGAAUGCCAUUUGAUGGAGCCAGUGAACCUGACCAUGCCCGUGGGUCAUUAAAGUCAGAAUCAGAUAUUUUGCAGAAUACACUACCUGAAAAUGAGAAAUUCUAUUUUGAUCUGUCCAGAAUUAUUGAUAGCUCCCAGGACAGUCCUGUCAAACGCCACUCUGACGCUGUCUUCACUGACAACUACAGCCGCUUCCGAAAGCAGAUGGCUGUGAAGAAAUACUUAAACUCAGUUCUAACUGGAAAAAGAAGCCAGGAAGAACUAAACCCCGCUAAACUUCGAGAUGAAGCAGAACUCCUUGAACCAUCCUUUUCAGAAAACUACGAYUCUGUAGAUGAGCUGCUGAGCCACCUCCCACUGGACCUCUGAAGGACACCUGGUAAAGUCUAUGACAAGAACAAGCUAUUUUUGAGUUCCACAUAGUAUUUCAAAGAGAUGACUUUAGUCAUCAAACCAGAACAAAUAUGUUGUGAAGUGAAAGUUGUGAUAUAUUUGUUUCUUAUGUAAUAAAAGUUGAUAUUUACAUUGUAAAUAUUACUCUAGAGUUCUCUACUGAAAGCUGUACAUAUGGAUGCCAGUUUAACUCAUGAGAAGUCUGUGAGUUCAUAUGCUGUAAAUCCUUUACUUCAAUAAAUUCAUUUGAAAAUGAGUGUGCAGCUGAAAAGAGCCCAUCAUGACUAAUUAAUUGGCUUAUUUGAGGUGUGAUACAACUUCAGACAAACAUGUUUGACAAUAAGGAUACAUUUCCAGAUAGCCUCCUAAACAGCAUGUAAAAACAUGAGAAAAAAAAUGUGCAAAGUGUGUAAAACUGCUUUACAAAGAUGUAUGAAGGUUGUUGCCAAGUAAAAGAGAAUGCUUUUCUCGCAGUUUACUAAGCAAGUAGAAAAAAUUAAUAAAAAUUAAACAUUUUUUUUUUACCUCCAGAAGCAUCUUUCCCUCCUGUUCAAAUUUCUAAUAUUUCAAAACAUGCAAAUUAUCUUGAGACYGCAAAAGUCUCCUUUUCGGUUGUGUUUCAGAUGCUCUGGAGCUGACAAAAUGCUGAAAGAAUGCAAUCCCUUGACCUGUUUGAUGCCUAAAGUCAUCAGUCAUUCUACAUUUAAUUGUCUGUAACUUUGAUGAUGAAACUAUUGCUUAUAUAUAAAAUAGAUUUGAAGACAGUUUACUAUUUUUUCAGAAUGAAUGUAAUUUACAGAAUAUGAAGACAAUAAAUCAUUUUAUUAUCAUGGCAAGCUAUUACUGGUUUGAAUCAGUGCUACAGAUACGUGGAACAGUAGAGGUCCCAGUAAGUGCUGUCUCUACUAUAGUAAUAGGGGAAGAUAAUAUUUUUAACUGAUUUAUGCUUUAUUAUUUUAGAAAGACAAGUAAAGAAACCUCCAGAACCCCUUUCUGUAGCUUUCUGUUAUUGUAGAUGACUAUGGAACUGGAAAUUUGCAGCUGUUUGAUUCACAACACUGAUGUAGAAAGUAGAAAAACUUAUCAGACCUACUUACAAGCUCAAUUUGGAAUUUCAAGUAUAUUUAUAAAUCAUACAUAUGCACACAUAGACAGUGAUAAAACUGAUUUGCAAGUUUCACUUACAAGUUUACUGUUCUGAUUUAGAAAGAAACUUCUAACAUGAUAAAAAUCUGAGAUUUAUGGAGAAUAGUCCUCAUAAAUAUGUAGCCCUCUGAUUUGCAAUUUUUUUGAAUAUUGGCAACUGCAUGUCAAAAGAAAACCAGCUUUCACGGAUCAAAUGCUAAUAUUGCUAUUUCUAUCUAGCCUUGACAGAAUCUAUUUUAGCCUAAGCCAAUGAAUGGUUCACAAAAGUUAUAUUUUCACAAAAGACAUAAUUUUGAAGUCUUCUCUUGAAAAGUGGUUUUCCACCCCCAAAUCCUAUCAUAUUAAGAACAUCUGAAAGCAAAAACAUCUUUGUAAAUACUUGAAGGAUACUAACUGACUGAUGCUAUAGUACUUAAUUAGAAAUUUUCUUCAGUGUUGUUUGUACUAUGUUACUAUUUCUGUGGGAUGUAAACAUUAAAAAAUAAGUGAAAAAA